CUCCGUCGAUUCUGUACGCGUUUUCCGCUUUGCUGAGUGAAAAAUAAAGGAAAGAAAAAAAAAAUCUUCCAACGCCAGGAACUACUAUAAUAAACUGUGUGUCCUCUACUUGUCACGUCAUUAGUUUCUAUCGUCGCAUUGUGUUCGGGGGAUCGGUGAAAGUGUGUGACAAAAAGGCAGUGUUGGAGAGCACUUGCAGCGGCCAAAUUAUUUCAAGUGAUCAACACACAGCAUCCGAGUGCGCGGUACUUGUCAAAGAGUUAUUUCACAUUGUAGAACAAAGUGCACGAGAUCGCGCCAAACCUGCUGUCGUCGUUUUUCCGGUUUGGAUAUUUUCCACGAUAUUUUGUGUUCUGUUUUUUCGCGGUGAACCAAAACUGCAACAGCAAAUAGUGUGGGAUCGAAUCACGUGCUCAUACAGUAAGCUAAGGCAUCAAAGGUCGAGCAUCGUGUACCGAUUUCAGAAGAAAAAUAUAGUUCUGGUUUAAUUGUGUUUAUCUUGAGCAAAAGUCAGUGCUUCAAUUUGUGGUGUGUGUAAUAUUUUAAGUGUUUUGUAAACAAAAUUCUUAGUGGUUAAUUAGACUUGUCAAGAAAGCUUACGGCGAGUGUUUUGUUUAUGAGCGGAAUUUUUGGUUGCGGGAAAAAUUCAGAUCGCGCAAUUUUUCGCAGCCCAUUAGUGAGACACUGUAGCCACGAUAGAAGUAGGGCCCAUCUGGCCGGAAGUUUCAAGUCCACUGUGGGCGCUAGUGCAGAAGCAGUUUCCCACGCCGCCAACUGCACGGAUUAGAGUUGGCUGACGAGAGCGGAACACUCGUUGAUCGGGGCAAGGAUUGCGGGGCUAGGAUGAGCCUGAAGAAAGCCAGCCGCACCAAAAGCCUUUCGUUGAGCGGAGAUGACUUCCCGUUGCGGCCGGCCAAGCCACGGGGCGUCUUCGUGACGGCUAAGCGUCCUGAGGACACGCUCAAGAUCAUGAAGUACAUCGAUGACAACGUUAUCGGGAAAGGAGUUGCCUUCCUGGGACCAUUCGGGAGACGAAAAGUCGUCUACGCAGACUACUCCUCGUCCGGCCGUUCGCUGCAGUUCCUCGAAGACUACAUCAACAAGGAAGUCCUGCCUGCGUUGGGUGACGCUAGUUGCAUUUCCGCCGUCACCGGUCUCCAAUCCCAUCUGUACGACAAUGAGGCCCGCGAUCUGGUACGAGCUGCCGUUGGGGCCACCGCCGAAGAUGAGAUCGUAUUCUGUGAUAACCCAGUCGAACGGAUCUGUUUUCUGCUGUCGAACGCCUACACUCAGGGUCUGGUCUGUGAUACCAGCAACAACAACAACAGGUCUCUCCCACCGAUCCUUUUCGUUAGCACCUCGGAACCCAUUGCCAAUCUGAAGGUUUGGCUCGACGGGGGAUGGCACGUCGAGAGGAUAACAAAAAACCACGAAGGGUUCCUAGAUUUGGUGGAAUUGGAUCGGCGAUUGCUUCAUUACUCGGAAUCGCGUCGGCUGAUGGUGGGUUUGUUUUCCGGUGCAUCCCGAGUGACCGGAAUGCUUGCGGACGAUGUGGCGACUACGAUUCUGCUGCAUCAGUACGAUGCGCUCUCGAUUUGGGACCACAGCAUGGCGGCCUCAUCGGCGCCAAUCUGCGCGAAUCCGAUUCUGCCCGGUGCCCAGAAGGAUGCCAUAUUUUUCCAGUGCCGUCGAAUGGUGGGAGGUGUCCAAGCGCCCGGGGUUUUAGUUAUUAAGAAAAAGUUGGUCGAGAAUAGUUUAUCGUUUACGAAGGAUACGGUUGAUGUGGUGGGUGCGGUACGAGCUGGUCUUGUGCUGCAGCUGAAGGAAUCGUUGGGCGUUCAAGCGAUCAUGGGCCGCAUGGAGAAGAUUUGCAAACAAAUGCUUGCCCACGUGCGAACGAUACCGGAGAUCGCUCUGCUUGGGCCCACCUGCACGACGGCUAAGCGGCUAACGUCACUUUGUUUCAUGGUACGCCAUCCGCGGGGGGCUUUCCUGCAUCAUCGCUUCGUGGUGGCAGUGCUGAACGAUGUGUUUGGCAUCCAAGCAACGGCGGACAACGUUGUAGCGGAUUUGCUUGGGAUAAAUCCCCAGCUGGCGGUAGAGUACGAGAAAGUUCUGAAUGAUGAGUCUUUGAAGGCGGCCAGUAUCCAUCCCGGUUAUAUUCGGGUGACGUUUCCAUUUUUUAUGACCGAAACAGAGGUUGGAUUCAUCCUGGAAGCACUGAAAAUGGUCGCCACGGAAGCGUGGAAGCUGCUGCCCCAGUACGAGGUUGAUGAUCGAACGGGAGAGUGGAGACACCACUCGAACUCGUUGGCUAAGGAACGCAAAUGGCUCGGGGCGAUCCGAUACACAGAUGGCAAGAUGCUGUUUUCCGACAGAAGAAUCUCUGGCCCGGGAAGUUUUCCCCAAAAUUAUGCAGAUUGCCUGCAAACGGCACGGAAUUUGUUUAAUCGUGCGCGCAAAAUGGCCCAACGAUCGGCUUCGGAUGAAAUCAUCCUCAAGUUGCCCCAUCCGUCGGUGGAAAAUCUCCGUUGGUAUAUGCUUCCGGGGGAAGCUCACGAGUUGCUGCUCGGACAUUCUCACAGUGUCAAAAACACAGUGCCAUUCGAUCCCACCAAAAUUCCAGAGAACCCCUCACUGCAGAUGAUCCAUCGGCAUCAUAGUCUUUCAGCGUUGGAUAUUAAGAGAUUCAAGAGUCGCAGUCUUCCGGCAUCUCCGCUACAAGUGUCCAUCCGAAGACAACUUUCCGGUUCACCACAGCAAUCGCACAGUCCGACACCGACCCCAACUUCCUCGCCGCCGAUUGUUCGUUUCUCCCUCGGCGGUGAAGUGACCAAUUACAGUCCCCCACAGGUGAACCAUCUGAUCGCGCUCGAGAACAGCCCCAGCCGAAAUAGAUGCAAUAGCUGGGGUUCGCCGACGAAUGGUACGGCGAAGGCAAGAAGUCCGGUGAUUAGCAGCGUCACAAGCAGCGUUAGUGGUAGCGGUAGCGGAGGUGGUCUAGACGUCUUUGGUCCUCAAACGCGUCACAGCCUAGGAUUGGCUCAACAUCAUCAUCGUCAAUCGCAAGCGGCGAGCCAAGACCAGAGCUGCGGAAAACCCAGCUUCGGAAAUCGAUCACCACCCGCGCUGGAGGCAAAAUCGAAGCGACGCUCCUGUUCCUGUAGCAGCCAAACAGAUCUUGUCGUUGAGCCCGCCGGAACUACUGCUGCGGCAGCUUCUGUCGGCUCUUCGUCCGCACCAAACCUUCCCAACCUAAGGCCGCUGCUCAGAGGAAGCAGCUGCAGCGAAAGCGUGGAGGAUAUUCAUGCUUAUGUGAAGGAGGUAACCAAAGAGUUGGCCACUGAAAUUAAGUCGGAAAUCCGAGAGGUCAUUUCCAAAGUGGAAGACGUCCUCGAAAGCACCGACAGUUUAGACAUGAGCGGUGCAGCGUUUAAUUCUCUGGGCAACAUCAGUUACAGCAAUGACAACAAGCGUGACUCGAUUUCUACCAGCGAUGUUGUCGACUAUCUGAGGGAAUUCAGCAAGGGCAUGAUGAACGAUGUGAAGUCCGAAAUCCGAGACGUUGUGAAUGCCGUGGAUGAAAUCAUUUCGCCGGACGGUUGCUUGGGUUCGCGUAAAAACUCUCCGCCCGACAUUCUGAAGGCCAACAAUGCCAGUGGCGCUGCCGGCGGAUUCAAAUUCUUGACCAAGCAACGAUUCAGCGAUACCGUGCCCGUAUGCCGGCCACUCUCCACCGAUAUUAACAAGCACCGCUCGGAGUCAUUUCCCCGGCCAAAUUCAUCCACUUCGACAACACUCACAGCUCCUAGUCCGGAGCAUUCCGCACCUGGCUUCCCCUAUACCGGAGCUGUCGCUAAAAGCAUUGAUCUCAAGUCUUCGAUGUCAUCCCAAGACUCAGGUAUCAAUAUGUGUUUCAGCGAACAGGAGGAGAGACUCCGAGGUGGUGGCGCCACCACGGACAGAAACCGCACCAUAUCCGCCCGGCUCGAGGGCGACCUUCGGCCAGCAGCGGAAGCACCCCAGAGGCGCGUGCAGUCCGAGUCCACCGGCGGAGAAUCCACAUCCCACCACCACCACGAGCUUCACGUUCGUCUUCCAGCUACACCGGAGGUGGAGUUGGUCCCACCGAAGAUCGGCCAACUCACCCGGCAGCAGAACGUGCUGAAAAGUUCACCCUCACAAGAGCAGCAGGACCCAGACUCGAGUCCAGAGGGCGGCGCAAAAUGGCGCAACCUGCCCAAAGAAGUCUGGAAACAGGCAGCCGAGGCCCUCGACGACUUCGAUAUGAUCAAGGACGGGGAUCGAAUCAUGGUCUGCCUGUCGGGAUCCAGCUCCUCACUGAGUCUGCUCCAUUUGCUGCGGCAAUUCGUUCGCGCACGAAAUCUCAGCAACGUCCAGCUUGCCACCGUCUGCUUCGGCGAUUGUGGCGUUGAUCCCCGGGCUCUUAUGCUGUAUUUGCGCGAGCUUGGUGUCGAGUUCUUUUACGAACGUAAAGAAUCGGUGGAAAACCUCCAAGAGAAGCUGGCUGGGUUCGCGUACCACAAGGGAUACAACGUGCUGGCGAUGGCCAACACGCUGGACAAACUGGCGGAUCGUUUUCUGGUGUCCCUGCUGAACAAAGGUAAACUGAACGCGAUACAGGCCGUUGGACCGAGCGCCCAUUUGACGGACGUGCGGAUAAUUCGACCAUUGCUGUACAUCCGCGAGCGCACACUGGAAGAUUUUGCCAGUGCGAAUGAGUUCCCGGCACGACCUUCGCGGCUGUUUACCCGUCCACUGGACGCCGCUAGCAGUAUUUUACGCGUUCAGGAGGCCAACAAUCCCAAUGUGUAUGGAAACAUUCGCAGUGCGUUGAAGCCUCUGCUCGCGUUAAGGUUGGAAUCCACCAAGUCGUCGUACGAAUCGCUGAAGGCAUCCCUUACUAACCGGGAUUAGAUUUGCCGGUUGGUGCAACGGGGAACUAGUUAGAAUAACAAAUUUUUGUGUUAUUAGUACUAAUUCAGUAAGUAGGAAUAGUACAACAAUCAUCCAUGUGAUGUAAAGCGGUAUAAUGAUAUUAUCCAUUUGAUAAAACACAACAAGUUUACAAAUAAACGUAAAAUUAAUUU